GCUUCCCGUGACGCUCGGCGGCCGCUCCCGCGCGUCGCCCGAGGGGCCGCCGCCGCUCCCGCAGGUCUUCCCCGGAGCCGCGGCAUGGCGGGCGCCGCCCACUGCUCCCUGCGGGCCAAGCGCCUGCUGCUGGACCCCAAGUUCGAGGGCUACAAGCUGUCCCUGGAGCCGCUGGCCUGCUACCAGCUGGGGCUCGACGCGGCUGUAGCAGAAGUGAAACUUCGUGAUGAUCAGUACACCCUUGACCACAUGCGUGCUUUUGGCAUGUAUAAUUAUCUUCACCUUGAUUCCUGGUACCAGGAUAAUGUCUACUAUAUUGAUCAGUUUGGAAGGGUUAUGAAUCUGUCAGUGACUCUGGACACUGCUCUACAAAAACCAAGGGAAGUUUUCAGGCUACCUACAGACUUGACAGCUUAUGAUAAUCGUCUUUGUGCCUCCGUACAUUUCUCAUCUUCCACAUGGGUUACCCUUUCUGAUGGCACAGGAAGACUGUAUCUAAUUAAAUCAGGCAAGCGUGGAAGCAGUGCAUCUGAAAAGUGGGAGAUUGUAUUUAAUGAAGAACUAGGAAGCCCAUUUAUUAUAACACACAGUGUUUCAUUUGUAAAAUCUGAUAUGCAUUCAGUAGCUGUGCUGUUGCUUAGGGUAGAAAAAGAUGAAUUGGACACAAAAGGAAGUGGAUUUCAUAUUACCUUGGAAUGGGUUACAGUUGCAGAAAUAAGCAAAGAGGGUGAUCGUAGAUAUGAAGUCUUUAAAAGGAGAGUUUUACAAGGAAAAUCAGUCCCCCAUUAUGCAGCAAUAGAGCCAAGUGGGGAUGGCCUAAUGAUUGUUUCCUACAAACCAUUCAAAUUUAUUCAAGAUGAAGAUGACAAAUUAGAAGAAAAUAACAAUACAGAAGCAACAAAUGAAAAGAAAGACCCUCUCUAUUACUGGCAGCAGACUGAAGAUGAUGUGACAAUAACAGUUCACAUUCCUCAAGACAUCACUAAGGAUGACAUAAAAGUACGCUUUUCCCCUGAUAACAUAUGUGUUACACUGAAAGACCAGCCUCCUUUGAUGGAAGGAAAACUCUAUUCAUCUGUGGACCAUGAAAGCUGCACAUGGAUAAUUAGAGACAACAAAAGUUUGGAAGUUUCUCUAAUUAAGAAAAAUGAGGGACCCCGUUGGCCAGAGCUAAUAAUUGGUGACACACGAGGGGAAUUCAUUAUGGACCCUUCUCAAUGCUCUGAAAUAAAUGAAAGCCUGAUGCAUCUUACCUCUGAAAUAAUGAAUCCAGACCCUGAAAAGGAAAACCCACCUUGUAAUGCUCAAGAAUUAGAAGAAUGCGAUGCAUUUCUUGAAGAUAGUGCAAGCUUGUGCAGAUUUGAUGGUGAUACCUUGAAGGUCACUCAUGUAAUUAAUCUUGGAAGCAACCAGUAUCUUUUCUCAGUUGUUGUGGAUCCCAGAGAAAUGCCAUGCUUCUGCCUGAGGCAUGAUGUCGAUGCUCUUCUCUGGCAGCCGCACUCUGACCAACCAGAGAACAUGUGGGAACACAUUGCAACUUUUAACGCUUUAGGUUAUGUCCAGGCAUCAAAGCAAGACAAGAAGUUCAUGGCUUGUGCUCCAGAUUACUCCUAUGCUGCUCUUUGUGAGUGCUUGCGACGAGUUUUCAUCUAUCGUCAGCCAACUCCCCUGUCCACAGUUCUCUAUAACAGGAAGGAAGGAAGACAAGUAGGACAGGUUGCUAAGCAGCUAGUAGCAACCCUGGAAGCCAAUGAUCCUAUCUUAGGCUUUCAAGCUACAACUGAGAGAUUAUUUGUUCUCACAACAAAAACCUUGUUUUUAAUAAAGGUGAACUCUGGAAAUUAAUUAUUCAGUAUAUUCUGCUGUAGUUUGCGUUAGCAUUUUGUUAAAGACCUGGCUAGGUAAAUGAUCUGAGAAGUUCAGUACAAUUUGCUGAAGUUUAAAAGGAGAUAUUUUACAGGGGAAUCAAAACUUUUCAUUAGACUUUGUUUGUAAGAUAGUGAGAAAGUUUUUCAACUUUGCUGUCACUGAAGUAGACUUCUACAGAGCUAUGGGAAAAUCUCUUCUGCACUAACAGCUUUCUCAAAGCAAUUGUCAGAGGCUGCUAUUGCAUAGGUGAAUAGAUUUAUGCUUUUUUUUUUUUUUUCCAAAUGACUGUUUGCCAUACUUCCGAGUUUUGAGAAUUCACUUCUGUUUUUAAAUGCUGCUGUUCACCUAUGAAAGUAGUCAGAUAAAGAAAAUAAAGCCUUGAGUUACAAGCAUAUGAUGUGCAAAGUAGUGUGUAUCAUAAAGAAAAAAAAAAUCCCGAAUUCAAAUAUUCAAAUGAUUUAAUAUUUAAAUAUCAAGUAGUACUGAGUGAAAUGUGAAUGGAAUGAACAGAGUAUUAUGUUUCUUAUACAGGUAAUUAAUUCAAGUAAAACAAUUCUGUAGUAUAUGCGGAUUUUAGAUUACUGAUUUGGGACUUACUCAUGCUUGCAGUGAAAUCUGUUCACAUUUUAAGAGACACUAGAUAGCUCUUAGUAGCUUUUUCCUGAAGCAAAGUAAGGUUCAAUAUAUAGCUGGUGAUUGCAUAUUGAAUGGCAUUAGUCAAGGUCUGGUUGCAUUCUCAUUUGUGUCAUUUUCAUUACAUUGUACUUCAUCUCAGGUGACUUAAUUUACCAUUAGAAAAUGGCUCAGAAAAAGCACCUGUAUUGUAACCUGAGAUGGGAAACUCAGAUGUGCUACUUCUGCCUCAGAUACCCCUGUAAAUACUGUGUUAUCAGUCAACCAUUCUGUCUGUGAUGCACAAGUCCACACGUGGUGUAUUUGCAAGAUAAGGGUACACAGGCCAUGAGGAUGCUUCAGUUAAACAAACUGGCAUGGUUAAUUUUAUUGAAUAGUUGUAUCUGAAGAUUUUUGUUUCUUAUUUUAAAUUGACAUUGUCAAUACAGUUAAACGAAAAAAGGGUCAGUUGUGACAACUUCACGCUGGCUGGUUUUUUUGUUUCUUAGUUUGCUUACAUCACCAUAGCAAAGAAUGCCUAAUGUAUUGUAUACCUGCAGGAAAGCCACUGCGAUCUGUGGUACCAAGCAACUGAGACAGACACGAAUACAAGUGGCCUAACAGUUUGCAUCUCUUCCUCUGAUUCAGACCUUUGUAAGAAUCUAUUAAGAGGAAAAUAAGUGUUCCUUUUUUAUGGACUAACACUUAUUUGUUGUGAUUGUUUUGACCCUUCUGUAAAUUCUCCAGAUUAGUAUCAGUGAAAUGAUUAAAUAAUAUAGUGAGAAUUUAAGAGGGAGACAAGCAGCUGUAGUUUGCAAAAACCCUCAAAUGCAGGAGCUUUUCAAGGACUGUGAUUUUCCUUCUCCUUACAGCAGUUAUUAUAUUGUAUAUCCAAUACUGAAAAGUUUUUUUUACCUGGGUAAGUUAAAACAGACUUGGUUUAUAAACCUUUACUUCUCAUUUUGUUUUUUUUUUUUUAAAUCUGUCUUGAAAAUGCUUUUUAAAAAGGCUCAAUGAAUGUAUUACUGUUUCAUGACCGAUUUGCAUCUAAAUUUUCAUUGUUGGGCAAUAAUGUCAAACAAGGUGGUAGAAUUCAUGCAGAGGUCCUUUAGAAAAGAUUUUAUGUAGUUGAUUACUUUGCAACAUAAAGUGCUUUGAGAUUUAUAUGAAUAUUAAAUAGUAACCUGAGAUUUAAUCAUUGGGAACAGAGUUAAGAACACAUGAAAUUUGAGGAAUGGAGGAAUUAAGGAGUGAAGGAUUCAUGGCCGACAUGCUUUUGUCACCUCAGGUGUAGUGGGUUAGAUAUCUGGAAACAUACUUCUGCUGUCUCCUGCAACAGAGAAGAGAAAGUCAAGUAAAAUGGUUACCUCUUCAGAAGCUGUAUGGCAGUAUGUAAUGACUAAAACUCACGUUCUGCUCAAGUGUGUGUCUGUUUGAAGAGAGUUCUUUGCUCCUGGGAACAACUGGACGUGGGGAAGAUGUUCAUCUAUUUUCCAUGUUAAUCAUCUAUUUGCAGUCAUGGUGUUCUCAGAAGGGAUAUGUGGAUAGUCUUUAUUAUUUUGCUUUCUAUGAGAGUUAAGGACAUUAUAUUAUUUAAAUGAUUUGUUGCCUUGAGGAUCUCUGCGUGCUGUUGCACAGCAAGCUACUAUAAUUAAAUGGCUGCAAGCCACAGGGAGGCAUUUCCUAUCAGCAUUUCCAUUUCUGUGUUCACUUAAUUUUAAGGCUUAUUUGUUCAGUGUAUUAGUGUAGGCUUCUACAAAGUAUAUAAUGCGGAUAUUUAAAAGAGGUGGUUUUCUGAGAACCAUACUUCAAUUUUUCUAGGAUUUUAUUUCUUGAAAUCUUACAUUUUAAGAAACAGUACUUCCUGAGAUGUCCCAAUUACAAUCUAUUUACAGAAUUUCUGAGAAAAUGUUUGGCUGUUACAGACUUGCAUUAUUUAUCUCUAAUAUUCUUUCUCGGUGUUUUCCUUGGCUGCAUAUUUGGAAUGUAUCUUCUACAGGUUUAAAUAAAUGAAAAAAACAAAACAAAACAAAACAUUAGAUUUAUUAAUAAAGGGUUUUUUAAAUUAUUUUAAAGGAUUUCUGUUGAUUUCAAAUGUGCAUCCUUCCUAUGCUACUGAAACAAAACAGAAAAGUAGAAAAAAGAAAUUCCUUAAAAUAAGACUUGUUAUGUUAAGGAGCUUUCUAUUAGGGCAAGGUUCUGAUGGGUGUCUGCACUGCAAGGUCACAUCUGUUGCCAAGACAUGCACUAUUGUACUCCUUGUUCAUUACUGUGAAAACCUCUGUAGUCUUUUUCAUUUCCCAUAUCUGGCAACAUACACAUUUAUGGAGGUGGUUACUGGGCAGGGGGGUGAUAAGUAUUCAGGUUUAUUAUUGUGUUAAAGUGCACGUUGCAUCCUCUCAUCUUGUGUCUUUGUUGUGUACAAAACCCAGAUGAUCUGGACAAACCCUUCCAGAUGGAAGGAGGGAGAUCUGCACUUCCUUCCUCUUCCCCUGCCUCAACCCAGGGGUGCUUUUUUGCAGGCGGGUGAAGGGAAAGAGGAAGGAUUUAGUCUGUAUGUAUGUCCUCUGUGAAAAAAUGGCUCUUCAUUAAUGAAACAUCAAACCCUGCGAGAAUAACAUAUAAGGUUGAAGCUUGUAUUUUAUUUUGGUUUGCUGUGCUUUGUUUCAAUAAUGGGCAUUAUUACCACCAUCACUUUUGAAAUUCCUUGCCUUCUGCCAAUUUAUAUUUUCUGUUAUCAUUAUGCAGAUUAGAUGAACUUGAAGCCUGCAGUCAGUCACACAUUACUAUGUAAUAAGAAGUUUUAAAGUUUUGUACUGCCAGUCCUAUGUGCCAUUUGUAAGAGCUUUCUGGAAAUCUGAUGAGAUUUGUUUCCCCCCCCCUCGCCAUGCAAUGCAUUUGCAUUUGUGCUAUGGAUAAAGAUGAGCAUGGUCAAAAGACAACUUAGCUGCAGUCUUUCAGGUAGAAGAACCAAGUAUCAACCAAGCCUUUGGGUCAAGACUAUUGCAAUAAUUUCAGACUCAAGGUUUAGUACUAUUUUGCUUGGAGAAUUAUUUGCUAGAGUAAUUUUUUUUUUUCCCUUAAAAAAGUUUUAAGCUACUUCUGAAAAUUUAAUUUCUUUUAACAAAAAUAUUUACUCUGAUGUAGUAGCUGGGUAGCAAUUAAAAUACAAUGAUAGAUAUAAUUAACAAGUUCAGAUGUAGACUUGGAAAAUACUUACCAUAAUCUUUACUAAUCUGAUGCUCUAGGCAAAAUAUCCUGUAUAAAUUUAUUCCAGUGUGGCUUUGCAAUCUAAUUAAAUUGGUACUUGCAAGGAAUUGUCAAGAAACUCAAUUUUAAAAGAUUAAUAAUUUUAGUGUGUCUCUUUUUAUUAUGAUAUGAUGAAUAUACAUUAUCCACUAGUUUUUCUUAAUGUAUUAGUUGUGUUCUGAAUGUACAGGGGUUAUGUGUGUAUAUAUAUUUGUAUUUUCAUCUAAAUCUAUGUAUGCAUGCACAUGAAUGUAUUCAUACUGUCUUAAAGUAUUGGGGAAGGUGGAGUGGAUUCCAGGGAUGAGAAUCUUUUAACAUUAAUGACAGCAACACAUAGAUUCUUCAUUAACCUCUUUGAGAGUCUGUUGUGAAGCCAGCAGUCUGACCUUAAGUAUAAAUAUUUUGCUGUGUGCUAAAACAUGGAUUUACUCUUGGGAAUAAGUUCUUGAAUGUGGAGAAAUCCUGAGUAUUAAUUCAAAGGCCCCUUGGAAACUGUAUUAUGUGUUUGUUUUAUGUUUUUUGCUGCUUAUGUUUUCCUGUGCAUGUUGUUGUCCCACAUCAAAAUGCAAACGCAUGUAAGUCUGAUAUAAAUGUGCUGUAAUGUCAUGAUAACUUAUUUAAGUGAAAACAUCAGUUAUGAAUCCUGUAGAGUUUUUCCUCUGCUAAGGAUAUAUGAUAUCUCAGUAUUGCAUUAAACCCAAACUUAAACAGCUCAGAGGCCAGGUAUUGAGCAGAUGCCUCAAGUUGGAAGAAAUGAUGAAGGGAGUAAUAAGCAUUUACUUCUAUCAAAAUAAGUGAGGUUUAGUGGGAAAAGAAAUGAGAUCCACUGGCUACUAAUUUAGUCACUUUAUCACUGAAAUUGCUGCUGAUUGGCGUUUAAUGAUUUUUCUCUUUGAAGCUGUUCAUCCUCCCUGUUCCAUGUGUCCCCUCUAAUAAAUAUAGAGUACCUUAUGGUAAUUUAAUGUUGAACAAUUUACUGGAAUUUCUUAAAUAACUGAAUUAGAUUUGCACAUGGGAUAUCCAAAAUGUGGGCAUGAAAUACAAGAUGGAUACAUCUAGUCAUAAAGAGACAGGGAACACUGGCUCUUGAUUUGAUCAAGAGCUGAUGACCAUCUAAACAGAAAAAAAUUCCUGAUACUAUGAAAAUAUUUUCAUAAAUUGCAGUGUGAUUCUAAAAAGAGUGAAAACAUUGGAACCUGUGCAAAAUAAACUUGCUUAGGCAAGAUAAAAUGUACAGAGGUUACCCUUUAAAAUCUAGAAUUAUAUGCAGUACUCCAUUCAAAGCAGUUGAAUUGAUCAGAAAGAGAACGUGUGUGAUCAAGACUUCUCUGUUCCCAUUUUAUGUGCAUUUGGCAAGGUAAGUCAUCAGAAGAAGUGCCUGGAUGCUGGUGUGAUCUGUGUUAUUUCUUUUGUGCUGUUUCUUGCCUGAAAUAGCUCAGGUGCUUACUGCUGUCUGAAAAAUUCACAAGUAUAAUAACUAACAAGAUUUUUAAAUAAAAAGCAUUGGUUGCUGUUA